AUGUCGACGCCUCGGACGCCGAGCAAGCGGAAAGCUGAUGCCCAUGGGAAAGUGGGGGGUGUGGGGUGCAAGCAGAGCGAGACGAGGGAGGUCGCGUCGGCAAAGCGCAACAGCAGCAGCACGACAGCUAAUGCUGCUGCUGCUGCUGCUGCUGCUGCUGCUGCUGCUGCUACAAGUCCCAAAAAGCCCAGAGUGGAGGGCAGCGUCGGCGCGGGAAGUGGUGUGGCUUGGUCCAGAGAGGAGGAUGAGUUGUGGAUCAGGGAUAUGCUGGAGCACUACAAACCUAAUUUUGGUCGUCCACAGCACAAGAAGGCGAAUGACCAAAACAAGGCAUAUAUGCAGCUGACGUGUCGUGAGGCAAUAUCAACCUCCCCCCGAAUCGCAGCGCUCUAUCUAGCAAGCUGGCAAUUCUUGACAGAGGAACAGUGCGGAGCGAAGCGCGCAGACAGCAGCAUGCGAACGCACUGGAAAUCGCUUCGAAAGGAUAUCGAGAUUACAUGGUACAAUCGUGAAGAAUAA